GGGGACCGGGCGUACCGUACUAUACGACGCACACAGCGACAGUACAGCUGAACCAUUGGCUGUGACGAAAAGGCCACAAACAGGGGCGCCCACGGCUGCUGCUCGAAAAUCAACCAACACUUUGAAUUCCCAAAUCAAUUAAAGAAUUGGUCAGGAGAGCUCGUCUACACCAAAUCAACCUUGAAGAUCCUCUCGAUUCCGAAUCAAAUCUGUCGGAUCUCACUUUCCAACUGUCACAUUUCAACAUUUUUCCCCACUAUGGAAUCAAUCCAUAGAUAUAUAUAUAACUCUCCAAUCCCCUCUUCCCCUUACUCUCAUUCAAUCUUCUUCUGUUCUUCGUUUCUUUCUGUUGAAUCUUCAUUCUAGCUAUGGGUGUUGCUGUUGAAUCGACUCAGUUCCAUGUUCUUGCUGUUGAUGAUAGCUUCAUCGAUAGGAAAUUGAUCGAGCGCCUCCUCAAAACCUCUUCCUAUCAUGUUACUGUUGUUGAUUCCGGUAACAAGGCCUUGGAAUUUCUUGGUCUUGAUGGAGAUCAUGAUGAUGAUGAUGAUGAACCGGACUCCGAAAUCGCUCCCUCAAAUCAUCAUCAAGAAGUGGAUGUAAAUUUGAUCAUCACGGAUUACAGUAUGCCUGGAAUGAGCGGCUACGAUCUCCUCAGGAAGAUCAAGGAAUCUAAAUCUCUUAAAGACAUACCGGUUGUGAUUAUGUCCUCUGAGAAUGUACCUUCAAGAAUCAACAGAUGCUUGGAAGAAGGAGCGGAAGAAUUCUUCCUCAAACCAGUUCAAUUGUCUGACGUGAGGAAACUGAGACCUCAUUUGAUUAAAGAAAAAUCCACAAGGAAUUGAUGAACACAAGAACAACGAAGAACUCCGCCACUAAUUUUAAUUCCGUUUUUAGUCAAUUCUGUAAAGAACUAGAGUUGUUCUAACCACAAAUUUUCUUGGGAAACUAACAAAAAUUGUAUAGAUCUGCGGUUCAAUUUUGCCUGAUAAUUUAUCGAAUAAUUUUUCAUUUUUCUA